AUGGACAAAUCACACCCAUUGAGCAGUCCAAUGGUGGUUAGAUCACUUGAAGUUAAAAAGGAUCCUUUCCGACCCAGAGAAGAACAUGAAGAGCUCCUUGGUCCUGAAGUGUCAUAUCUUAGUGCAAUAGGAGCCUUAAUGUAUCUUGCUAACUGCAAAAGUCCUGGUAUAGCAUUUUCUGUAAAUUUGUUAGCAAGAUAUCACUCUGCUCCAACGUAUAGACAUUGGAAAGGGAUUAAGCAUAUACUACGCUAUCUUCAGGGUAUUAUUGGUAAAGGGUUAUUAUAUUCAAAUAAAUGUGGGUCACAACUAGUUGGUUAUGCAGACGCAGAAUAUUUAUCUGAUCCACAUAAAGCUAUAUCUCAAACAGGUUAUUUGUUCACAUGCAGUGACACUGCAAUAUCUUGGCGUUCAACAAAGCAAACUCUAGCACCUACUUCUUCAAAUCAUGCUGAAAUACUUGCAAUUCAUGAGGAAGAUAAUGUUGCAUGUAUCGCUCAACUAAAAGGAGGAUACAUUAAAGGAGAUAGAACCAAACACAUUUCACCGAAAUUAUUUUUCACACAUGACCUUCAAAAUAGUGGCGAUAUUGAUGUUCAUCAAAUUCGAUCUAGUGACAAUCUUCCAGACUUAUUUACAAAGUCAUUACCAACAUCAACAUUUGAGAAGAUGGUACAUAAGAUUGGAAUGCAUCGAUUAAAGGAUCUUCAAGAGCGUCGAAUUGAGGGGAAGUAA